AUGGUACCAAGAUCAAGAGAAACUACUCCUACAAAAGAGGAUUUGGAUUUUAUAGUUGAUGAUGGUUAUAGACAUGAUGAGGGUCCAGAUUAUAUUCCAGAUGAAAAAUAUCUUGUUAGUGGAAAAGAGUUUAAAAAACUAACCAGAAAUGCUAAAAAACUCGGUUCUGAAUCACUUGAUUAUUCAACACGAAAAAAUAACAAAUACAUGGUUACUCUUACAAGUGGAAAAAAAGUUCAUUUUGGAUCGACAAAAUAUGCGGAUUAUCUUACUCACAAAGACAAAGAUAGAAGAGAUAAAUAUCUUGCUCGAGCUACAAAGAUUAAGAAUAAACAAGGAGAAUUAACUCAUAAUAAUCCAGAAUCAGCUAACUAUUGGUCAACAAAACUUCUUUGGUAGUAAAUCGGUUUAAGAAUUAAACGAUUUUUUAAAAAUGAACCGCAAAAAAGUUUUAAAUGGAGAAAAGAAGUUCUAUAUUCAUCCUAUCUUUAGUAAAUAUGCCGCUUCAAAAGAAGGUGAAAUUUUAAAUGUAAAAACUGGAAGAAUUUAAAAAAAAAAAUUUGACUUAUCAGGGUUACUAUCAGUUUAAAAUUAGCGAUAAAAAUCUAAUCAAACCAAAAACUUACUAUAUACAUAGGUUUGAAUGGGAAUGUAUUAAAGGAGUAAUACCAGAAGGAUUUGUUAUUGAUCAUAUAGAUUCUGUUAAAACAAAUAAUAAAAUAGAAAAUUUACAACUACUAACUUUAGCAGAAAAUGUGAGAAAAGGAAAUAGUAACCCUAUAUUAUCAUUUAAUAUUAAAAAUAACAAACAAAAAAAUUAUGAAAGUAUUACUUCUGCUUCACUCGAAUUAGAUAUUUCCUUUUCAAUUAUUUCUAAUAUUUGUAGAAAAGUAAAUUAUUAUAAAACAGUGAUUUCCAAAAAAGACGGGGAUAGAUACAAAUUUGAAUAUUUAGAAAAAAAUGUUUAAAGAUUAAAUAAUCAUAAUCAAAAAUGCAGUUGUCCAGCUACGAAAAUCUUACCCACGACAAUAUUAUAUUUAAAGAACCCAAAGAAUUUAAAGUCAAAGAUAGUAAAAUUAAAUACAAGCGUAUCCCAAUUGAAAUCAAAUAUUCGAAUGGAAAGAAAGGACCGCUUGUAAUCGAAACCCCAUUUCUUUUUAGCUUUGGUGUUAGUGAAAAGAAAAAUCAAGAAACAAAAAAGUUAGUAGGUUAUAGUAUUCCAGUAUGUCUUUGGGCUAAAGAUAGCGAACCAAAUAACAAAGAAAAAGAAUUUUGGGAUGUUAUUAAUAAAGUAACAACUCUAUCUCAACAACAUUUAGAGAAUGAAUAUGGCCCAGAUUUAGCUUCGACUCUUACUUCGCCAUUAUAUCACAAACAGGAAGAAUACACUGAUAAAAAAGGAAAGAAGAAAACAAGAAUUGAUCCCUCAUCUGCACCAGUUUUUUAUGCGAAACUUAUUUACUCAGAAAAAUCAAAGAAAAUUUUAUCGUUGUUUAAGGGAAAGGGAGGUAAAGAUUUAAAUCCUUUUAAUUAUAUUGAUCAGUACUGUAAUGUUAAAUUGGCUUUGAUAAUUGAAGGAAUCUUCAUAAGUAAAACUGUGACAUCUUUACAAAUAAAAGUUCAUGAGUGCUAUGUCAAACCACUUAAACCUAGAGAGUCUUUACUAACAAUUGAAGAGGAAGAUGAAGAGCAAAGCGAUAUCGAAGAAAUAACUGAUCAAGUAGUCGAAGACUUAGUUAUCUCUGAAGAAAACGAGUAA